UCACAUUUCUUUGAUUUUGUGCGAUCUUGGACUGGCAUGCACUGCAAGUCUGUAACAGUGGGGAACCUCUUCCUCCACGGAGCACUGCCAUUUUACCAAAUCCAGAAACCAGAAGUGAAGCGGAACUUGGGAGUUUAACUAAGCUAAGCUGGCUUUCAGUCCCAAGCGAGCCAUGGCCGAGCUGAGACAUUCCAGCUCGUUGGGGAGCCGAGCAGGUUCCUCUCCCAAGAAGCGCGACGACACCGCCUCCCCUCUUAUUCAUGAUCAUCGCGCUGAAAACGAUGACGAAGGUCGUAUUCGACAUUCAUUCAGAGAUCGUGACCGUCCAAAUUGGUUUAACUCUCCUUUCUUCAGUGACGAUCCUAGGGUUUCACAACACAGCUCCAAGAUCUCAUUUCUGUUGGUGCUUAUUAUUAUGAUCGCUGCCGUGAUCUCGAUUUUCUCGAUAAUCAAUCAAUUGAAUGCUCCUUACUUGUGUAAGAAAGAUGGCAUUGUACUGCACUGCCCACGGGUCAAAGAGGAUCCUUCACUUUGGGAAAAUCCUUACUCUGCCACUACCUCAUGGAGGCCUUGUGCUGAGCGUUGUGAUGUUGGAGUGUCAGAUAUCCCUUCAGAGAAUGAAACAAAUGGUUAUAUAUUUAUCCAUGCUGAGGGUGGUCUGAAUCAGCAACGCAUUGCUAUAUGCAAUGCGGUUGCUGUUGCCAAAAUAAUGAAUGCCACCCUUAUUUUGCCUGUUCUGAAGCAGGACCAGAUUUGGAAAGACCAAACGAAAUUUGAAGACAUCUUUGAUGUUGAUCAUUUCAUUGAUUACCUAAAGGAUGAUGUGAGAAUUGUUCGUGAUAUCCCUGAUUGGUUCACUGACAAAUCAGAAUUAUUCUCAAGCAUAAGACGGACUGUAAAAAACAUUCCCAAGUAUGCUCCUGCCCAAUUUUACAUUGAUAAUGUACUUCCUCGAAUCAAGGAAAAGAAGAUAAUGGCUCUAAAACCCUUUGUUGAUCGACUUGGGUAUGAUAAUGUUCCCCCAGAAAUCAACAGGCUUAGGUGCAGAGUAAAUUAUCAUGCUCUGAAAUUUCUUCCUGAGAUUGAGCAGAUGGCUGAUUCCUUGGUAUCAAGGAUGCGGAAUCAAACUGGCAGUUCAAAUCCUUACAUGGCUCUGCAUCUUAGGUUUGAGAAAGGGAUGGUGGGCUUAUCAUUUUGUGAUUUUGUGGGGACAAGGGAAGAGAAGGCUAAAAUGGCUGAAUAUAGAAAAAAGGAGUGGCCUCGACGCUAUAAGAAUGGUUCCCAUUUAUGGCAAUUGGCUCUGCAGAAGCGUAAGGAAGGACGAUGUCCUCUUGAGCCUGGGGAAGUGGCGGUGAUUCUUCGUGCAAUGGGAUAUCCCAAGGAAACUCAAAUUUAUGUUGCUUCUGGUCAAGUUUAUGGUGGCCAGAACCGGAUGGCACCACUAAGGAACAUGUUCCCGAAUCUGGUUACAAAGGAGGAGUUGGCGAGCAAGGAGGAGUUAGCUGGUUUCAGAAAGCAUGUAACAAGUUUGGCAGCCCUUGACUUCCUGGUCUGCUUGAAGUCUGAUGUUUUUGUGAUGACCCAUGGUGGUAACUUUGCAAAGUUGAUAAUUGGGGCACGCAGGUACAUGGGUCAUCGUUAUAAAUCCAUAAAACCAGACAAGGGGCUUAUGUCUAAAUCUUUUGGAGACCCCUAUAUGGGUUGGGCCACUUUUGUAGAGGAUGUGGUUGUCACCCACCAGACACGGACUGGAUUGCCGGAAGAGACCUUCCCUAAUUAUGACAUUUGGGAGAACCCUCUUACUCCUUGCAUGUGUAAAGCCUGACCUCCUAGAAUUCUGUUUUGGAAUUUCAAACUGAUUUAUCUUUGAGGAGCUUCUAUCGGAAGAAGCCUUAGAGCAUGGCAUAUGAGAAAUGAUAAAAUAUUUCCCUGAAGCUCUGUAAAGAAGAACACUUUACAGUAUGGGUGAUACCAAGUUUUUAGCUGGGGAAAGAGUUGAAACUUGCAAAGAAUAGAUAAAAGAGGUAGGAGCCUGCUGGAUUGGGAUUCUAACAUAAUUUGAGGCUGUCUCUUCUUAUGAUUAUUUCUUGCUCCCUGUUUGCCGUGAGAGAAAGGGGUUUUGUCCAAAAACAAUAGAUAAAUUUAAUCAGUUUUGUCUGUAUCAUUCCAUGUAUAAAUUUUAAUUGAAAUGUGCAGCAGGAUGGCAGUUACUGUAGUUUCCAAUUAAAAUAACUAAGUCAUGACGAUGAUAAUUUUUAUCUGUUUGCACCCUGGUUACUUCGACAAA